AUGUCUGAAUCGAUCUCAUCUCAAAAGAUUGGUCCAUUUGGUUUUGAUCACCAUUGUGUAGUUUCUUCAGUAGGCAGGAGUGGAGGCCUAUGGAUGCUUUGGGAAGAUGAUAUAGACAUCGAAAUCAUUACACAAUCUCCGAAUAUGAUUCAUGCAUUGGUUCGUAAUGAUGGUCCGAGAAAUUCCUGGCAUUUAUUCUACAUUUAUGGUCCUCCAAUCACAAAUCAAGGGGCUUCUUUCUGGUCUUCUCUAACUAGUUAUGUUAGUAAUUUUGAUGGUUGUAAAAGCUUUAUUGGAGACUUUAAUGCCAUUGUUUCGGUUCAGGAGAAAUUUGGAGGCUUGCCAGUUCUUGAUUCUAACAUAUCUGCUUUUGAUGACUUUAUUCACCAGAACCAUCUUUCGGACUUAGGGUUUUCUAUACCGGCUUACACUUGGAGUAAUGAUAGAGCAUUUCAAGGUAUUAUCAGAAAACGUCUUGAUAGGAUUAUGGCUAACCCUGAAUGGUGCAUUUCUUAUCACUCGCCCGUUGUUCUCCAUCUUCCAAGGAUUUCCAGUGAUCAUGCCCAUAUUCUUCUAAAUACUUCGAGACGAAUUGCUAGAGUUCCUCCAAAUUACAAAUUCGAAGCUUAUUGGAUAUCCCAUCCGGAGUUCUUAUAG